CUGAGGGGGGCUGAAGCCAUGGGGUUCGCAAAUAUCAUCCUGCACCUCUGGGCCUGGAUAUUCAUGCUAUGGAGUGUUGCUAAUAUCUCCAUCGCAGUGUCACCUGUAGAAAUUCCAGAUUCCUCUUGCUCAGGCCCCCAAGGGACAGAAUUUAUCACAGUCUUCAUGCAGAAUCACUUACCAAGUUAUGGUGGUAAAGACUUCAGGUUGUUCAUCACUGGCUACACCCCGGGGACGUUAGUCACCAUUUCCGUGAACAAAGCAGGUAUUAGGUUCAAUGUCAGGGCAAAUCUGGGAGAGACAACAUGGAUACAAAUCCCAGAAUUCGUGGGGCUGGCAGGAAGCAAAAUAUUUGACCACACGGUCAUCAUCCGUGCUGACCAUGAGAUCUCCAUCCUCGCUCUGAACUAUAAAACAUAUACAGCUGAUACCACUGUAGUGUACCCUGUGGAGAAGCUCGGGACAGAGUACUAUGUGGUGACUCCAGUGGGGAAUCCAGAUGGUCUUGAUAAGCAAUUUGCUGUAGUAGCCUGGAAGGAUCCCACCAUUGUAGAAGUUUACCUCAAAGGGGCUGUAACUUUCCAAGGAGAAACCUACAGAGCAGGAACAAAACUGGUCAUCUCACUUGGAGCUUACCAGGCCGUCCAGCUGCAAAGCCGUGAUGACUUAUCCGCACACCAAAUGUGA